AUGGAUCUCUCCAAUCUGCGUACCAGUCUCCGCGAGGAGGAGGUGUCAGGUCAGCGCCGCACAGCGCAUCUUCGAGCUGCCGAGGACGAGCUCAACGCGUUUUUCCGUUCGUCCGCGCUGGGACUUACUACCUUGUACCGGCAAGGUGUUGCAGCGACCAAGUCAAGCUAUGAAAAGGGAUAUGCGCAUGCUCUGGCACAUGUGCUCGAGCUGUGGGACAAGGAUCGCGACUGGCUCAAAGGGUACUUGCAGAGAAGGAUCGAGGCAAUCGAGGCUGCGGACGCCGAGGACGAUGGCGAAGAGGUGCAGAUGGAUCAGCGACCACAGCAGCAACAACACCAGCACCGGGCCGAAACCAGCUUCCCGCGGUCACCAACUCAAGUGACAUCAGGGUCACAAGAAGUGACCUCAGACUCGCCAAGGCAGAGCAACAAGCGUUCGCGAAGUGGCUUCAAUGAUGGCUCGACUCCCUCGCAUCGCGAACAAGAUGAUCUGACGUCGGAUCGAAGAUCGCUUCACCGCAUCCCUCACAGCUCCGCCUCGCCACGUUUUCCAUCCGCGGCCAACUUUGCCUCCGGCUCGUUCAGCUUUUCCACCCCGCUCGCCUAUCCUUCUUCCUCCAUCACUGGCGCUGCGGCCACUUGCGCUGCCUCGGCAAGCAAAGUGCGAUCGCCACGCUCGACCUCGGAUGCAGCCGUCAUCAAGACUUCGAAUCCAGCUACCUCUCGACGUCGGUUGCAGAAGCUCAAAGGUCUACGUGCGGGUCGAGGUGACCGAAUCGUCGAAAUUGAGAAAGCGCAAGAUGAACAGGACGAGAUUUUAAUCGAUGGUAUUGCAGGAGAAGACGCGGAUGCCUGGACGGACGAGGAGGAGGGACAAGAUGAAAACGUUACAUGCGCGGGUAAAAGAGGAGGUGCUGGCGGUAGAGGCAAGAAGGCUAUUGUGUGGGCAGAGAGAGCAGCAGCGUCGAAUGCGAGCAAUUCGGCACACGCACCACAGGCAGCAGAGGGGAAAGUGUUGGAGAGGCUCGACAGGAGGAAACGACGAAGGACAAGGCAGCCAGAAGACAUUGCGAUGAGGGACGAAGGCGAGAGUUCGGCCGAGGUGUCUAGAGAGGAAGAGCGGAAUGAGUAUCGAUACCAUUCGUAG